GCGAGCAGUGAGUGCAGCACGUUGUGGAGCCGCUGAGGUGAUUCAGAGGAAAUCACUUGUUUCUUAAACAAAUCGCCGCUUUUAUUUUUUUGAUAAUUGACCCUCUGAGAUUUCCAGUUGACCAAAGAAAUGGUGAUGGAGAAGCCAAGUGCCCAGCUGGUCGGGCGAGAGUUUGUCCGACAGUAUUACACACUCCUGAACCAGGCCCCCGACUACCUGCACAGGUUUUAUGGGAAGAACUCGUCCUACGUUCACGGCGGCCUGGACAGCAACGGCAAACCAGUCGAAGCUGUUUAUGGACAAUCUGAGAUCCAUAAGAGGGUGAUGGCUCUGAGUUUCCGCGACUGUCACACAAAGAUCCGGCACGUGGACGCUCACGCCACCCUGAACGAGGGCGUGGUGGUGCAGGUGAUGGGCGAGCUGUCCAACAACAUGCAGCCCAUGAGGAAGUUCAUGCAGACCUUCGUGCUGGCGCCUGAGGGAACCGUCGCCAACAAAUUCUACGUCCACAACGACGUGUUUCGUUACCAAGACGAAGUGUUCGGAGACUCCGACUCAGAGCCUCCUGAAGAGUCUGAGGACGAGGUGGAAGAGAUCGAGGAGAGAGUCCCCUCCCCUGAUGUAGCUCAGGAGGAGUCUGCUCCUUUCUACGACCCGUCAUCCUGUUCGGAGCCGACCGUUCCCGGCGACGACGAGGAAGUAGCUGCGAGUCCCGAACCAGAGCCCGAAGCUGAGAAGGAAGCCGAAGCCGCAGUGGUAGAGCUGAAAUCGGAGACGAUGCUGGAAUCAGAAGUAGACGGAAACAUACCCGACGACCAGACAGAGAAAAGCCCCGCCGUUGCCGCGCCAACCGCCGAACCCGCUGCCGUACCCACCGAACCCACUCCCGCCGCUCCAGAAGAAAACAGGCCGUUCUCCUGGGCGUCCGUCACCAGUAAGAACCUUCCUCCCAGCGGAGCCGUGCCAGUCUCAGGACUCUCGCCACACGUCGUUAAAGUCCCUCCCACAGCGCCGCCCAGAGUGGAGGCCAAGUCAGAAACCCAGACAACAACAACACGACCACAGAGAGACCAGCGGCCGAGGGAACAGAGGCCUGGAGGUCCUCCACCGGUACACAGAGGCCCCAGACCAGUUCGUGAAGGAGAGCAGGGAGAGACGGAGGGUCGCAGGGUGGUCCGUUACCCCGACGCCCACCAGCUGUUCGUUGGUAACGUCCCUCAUGACGUUGACAAGACGGAGCUCAAGGAGUUCUUUGAACAGUAUGGUACAGUCCUGGAGCUGAGGAUCAACAGCGGCGGGAAACUACCAAACUUUGGCUUUGUGGUGUUUGACGACUCUGAACCUGUACAGAAGAUCCUGAGCAACAGGCCCAUCAAGUUCAGAGGCGACGUCCGUCUGAACGUGGAGGAGAAGAAGACCCGGUCAGCCAGGGAGGGCGACAGGCGGGACGUGAGGCCCCGCGGCCCCGGAGGUCCAGGCGGCCCCAGAGAAAGAAUAGGAGGCGGUGGCGGCGGCCCCCGAGGACCCUCAGCCCGCGGCGGCAUGGCACAGAAACCCAGCUUCGGCUCCGGGCGAGGCGCCGGCCCCAACGAGGGUCGCUACUCCACCCAGCGCCAAUGAGACACCAGCCAGCUAGCCAGCCGGGGACGGGGGGGGCGGGGUCUCCAAAAACCUGAGAUAGAUUACUGUUUGAAAAUGGAUUCAACUUUACUUCUGAGUGGUUAUUGAUUUGCUGCAGCAGGAACCAAUUGGACAAACCCCCCAAAAUUUAACUAAAACCCCUUCUUUACUUUUUGUAUUUAGGAGUAAAAAUGAGACGGUGUUACGGAACCUGAUUUCUCGUCAGUAUUUGGUCUCAUCUUUCUCCUAAAUGCUUCAAAAAAAAAAGAGUAUUAGGAAGGGAUUUUAGUUAAUAAUUGACGCAGGUUUGGUCACCAGAGCUUUCACCGUCAAGUCACGCCAGCCCCCCCGCUGAAUCCGAGAGCAGUCUGUCAAACAUCUGUCUCUCAUGAAGAUGGCUGCCUCCUCUUCCUCUUCCUCCUCCUCUUCCUCAUUCUUCUCCUUCACCUGCUGCUUUUCGUCCCCCCCCCCCUCUCUCUCUAUCCACAGAAUCCAGAACGAACGUCACUCCUCAUUUUC